GGGGCCUGGCCGGGCGGGGAGGCCUGUGUGUCGGGGCCGCUGCUCCGCCUCUCUCUCUCUCUCUCUCCCUGUGCGCGGGGCCGGUGGUGGAGGCCGAGAGGAGGUUCAGAGACAGAGAGAAAGAUGGCGAGUGAACAGCAGAGUUCAAAUGGCCCCAUUCGUCGCUCCAUGCGAGAGAAAGCUGUUGAUCGCAGGAAUAUAAACAAGGAGCACAACAGCAACUUCAAGGCCGGGUAUAUUCCCAUUGAUGAAGAGAGACUGCACAGGACCGGGCUCCGAGGACGUAAGGGCAACCUUGCCAUUUGUGUAAUUGUCCUCAUGUUUAUUCUGGCGUUGAUUAAUUUAAUCAUCACACUUGUUAUCUGGGGUGUGAUUCGUAUUGGUCCCAAUGGCUGUGAUAGUAUGGAGUUUCAUGAAGAAGGAUUGCUGCGGUUCAAGCAAGUGUCUGACAUGGGAGUGGUGUAUCCCUUGCACAAGAGCACAGUGGGAGGCAGACGAGAUGAGUACCUGCUGAUCACAGGCAACAACCAACCAGUGGUAUUUCAGCAGGGAACAACCAAGCUAAGUGUGGAGAAGGACAAAACAUCUAUCACCAGUGACAUUGGCAUGUCUUUUGUUGAUCCUCGAACCCAGAAAACUGUGUUCAGCACCGACUAUGAAACCCAUGAGUUCCAUUUGCCUAAAGGGGUGAAGACGCUGAAUGUACAGAAAGCAUCUACAGAAAGGAUAACCAGCAGUCAUACCACCGAUCUUCAGAUUCAUGCUACUGAAAACGCCAUUGUGCGUGGAAAUGAAGGGGUGUACAUCAUGGGAAAAACCAUUGAGUUUCGGAUGAGGGGUAAUAUGGAACUAAAGGCUGAAAACAGCAUUAUUCUCAAUGGGACUGUGAUGCUCAUCACUUCACGGCUCCCGCACUCAGCGACUGGUGAGCUUUUGGUGGACAACAGCUGGGAGCGCUACAAACUCUGCAUGUGUGCGGAUGGAACACUUUUCCGCGUUCAGGUGAAAAACCGAAACACAGGUUGCCAAACGUCCGAAAAUCCCUGUGGUUUCACACGCUAGGAAUCUCAGCCAGUCACCAAAAAUGAGGGUUGAAUAGAAUGACAACAAUGUGUUUCUCAAUUUAAUGUGGAAUAUUUUCUGUUUUAAUGCAGUAUAACUAAUGUGUAACUAGGUCAUUAUAGACACUCUGAGUGCCUAAUUAUAUAAAGGGGAAUAACGUCUAGAGAGAUUACUUUUUGUUCCAAGUACUCCCUCUAGAAUUAAACAAAUAAGAUGUUUGUAAAAUUAUUCUUUAUCUGAAGUGAGAAAUUCACGCUUCAAAACAAUCCCUAGCAUCUGUCUCUCCUGAAUAGGCCGAUCUGGGGAGCUGUUCUUCAAGGCUGCAUUAUCGAUUCUAGAGCAAUUCCUUGAGUUUAGUGGGAAUGGCACAUUUGGCUUGAAAAGUUGAUCCAGAAUUGUCCGACCUGGGAAAGUUCUGUAUGUGUGAAAAUCACUGCAUUCAUGGGACUGAACCUUGCCCAAGGUUGGGCAGCUCUGAUUGGUCAAAACUCCCUUCUUUCUUUCCUUCGCUCAGUGAAUCCAUCCCAGCUUUUCCAUGUAACAUCCUAGCACCAUGGCCGAGGGAGCAUCUAAUACUGAGAAUAUUUUGCUUUGGGUAAAUAAUUAUUUCAUAUGUUACUUUCUUAAGUUUCUGGACGAAUAAUUUUAAUUUUGAAUAAGACAUACUCGCUGUUUAUUUUGCCUACA